AUAUGGUUUUCCACCUCUCUUGCCCCAAAAAAAAAAAAAAAGAUCACAUCAUCCCCGAAAAUAAUCUAAAAUCAAAGAAACCAAAGAAGAAAAUGAUUCGGAUUCUUCUUCUUCUUCUUCAAUAUCUUCUUGGUUGAGCUUGUGUUGGUAUCUCUCUCCUCUUUGCACCAUUUCCCGACGUAUUUGAAUCUCUCAGAGCCAUUUCCCCUUCUUCUCGAAUCGUGCUUAUAGAAGCUCUACGCGGCGUUUCCGCGAUUCGAACAGCGUAACCGAUUUCAUUUUCGAAUUCGCGCGAAUGGGCUUUUACUUUUAGAGUCACUGCCGAGCGAUUUCUCCUGUUAGAUUAUUGAUUUUAGAAAUUCAAAUUCACAUUAAGAAUCGGAGAUCGUGUUUUAUUAGUUUUGAUUUUUUUUUUUUUUGGGAGAGUGAUUUCAUUUACUUUUGUGGGGUUGUUUUUCUAAUUUCAGCGGGAAGUUUUUGUACUUGAUUUUUGUGGACCUUCUCAACUAACUCUGUGAAUGUGGAAGAUAGUUUGAUAAAUAGCAUCUUCUAGAGAAUCUUUUAAAGUCAUCAUCACCUUUGAGCUUAUUAUUAUUACUACUACAAGUAAAGUGGUCCUUGAUGGAGAAUAAUGAGGUUUUAGGGUCAAAAGGUUUGCUCAAGAAACACGAAUUCGUCAGGAUUCUCAUCCAGUGCCUGUACUCCUUGGGUUACAAGAACUCCGCUUCUUGUCUUGAACAAGAGUCCAACAUCUCCUGUAAAUCCUCUGACUUCGAGUUUCUUGAAAAGCAAGUUUUGACCGGGGACUGGGAUAGUUCCCUGGCCGUCCUCGACAGGGUUUUCGAUGAUUCGAGGGACGACAGCAGGAGGAACACUGCUUUGUAUCUGGUGCUGAAGCAGUGUUUGUCUGAGUAUUUGAGACGAGGGGAGACUUCUUUGGCACUGAGUGUGCUGCAGAAGCAAGCUCAGGUGUUCCGUGUGGGGAGAGAGAAGAUUCACAUGCUUGCUUUUGAUGUUAUUACUUCGAAGGAGAUGGAACCUGGUGAAGUGGACAGCUGUUUGGUUCAAGAUUUGAGGAGGAGGUUGCUGGCUGAGCUGGAGAAGCUGAUUCCUACGCCUGUUGUUAUUCCUGGGAGAAGGCUGGAGCAUUUGGUUGAGUCUGCUGUGAUGAACCAGAUUGAUACGUGUAUGUAUCAUAACUCAUGGGAUGCAGUGUCACUCUACGAGGAUCACCGUUGCGGAAGAGACCAAAUCCCUUCAGAAACUGUUCAGGUUUUGGUGGCUCACAAAAAUGAAGUGUGGUUUGUGCAAUUUUCUGAUAGUGGCAAGUAUCUGGCCACUGCAUCAAGCGAUUGUACAGCUAUCAUAUGGAAGGUACUGGAUGACAACGAAGUGGAGCUGAUGCACACGCUUCAGAGCCACCAAAAUCCAGUUUCUUUUGUCUCGUGGAGCCCCGACGAUACAAAACUGCUUACGUGCGGAAACGCCGAGGUUCUCAAGCUAUGGGAUGUUGAGUCAGGUGAGUUGAGACACACAUUUGGAAACAACGACAGCGUAUUCACGGUCAGCUCUUGCGCAUGGUUCCCUGACUCAACUCGGCUUGUCUGCGGCAGUUCUGACCCAGAGAGAGGGAUUGUAAUGUGGGAUACUGAUGGGAACGAGAUCAAAGCCUGGAGAGGAACUAGAAUUCCAAAGGUGGUGGAUUUGGCUGUGACGCCGGAUGGGGAGAGUAUGAUCACAGUGUUUUCGGAUAAAGAGAUCAGGAUCUUGAAUUUGGAGUCAUUAGUGGAACGUGUUGUCACUGAGGAACAGGCGAUUACUUCCCUUUCGGUUUCAGGUGAUGGUAAGUUCUUUAUAGUCAACUUGAGCAGCCAAGAGAUACAUCUUUGGGAUCUUGCUGGAGAGUGGAAACAACCAUUGAAGUUUACGGGUCACAGACAGAGCAAGUACGUGAUACGGUCAUGUUUUGGUGGGUUGGACAGUUCGUUCAUCGCCAGUGGAAGUGAGGACUCACAGGUUUACAUAUGGAAUGUGAAGAACAAGAAACCGCUUGAAGUGUUAUCAGGUCAUUCCAUGACUGUUAACUGUGUGAGCUGGAACCCGAGAAAUCCUCUGAUGCUGGCCUCUGCGAGUGAUGACCAAACCAUCCGUAUUUGGGGACCUGGUAAACCGGUUAGAUAGCCAGAAACAGUAGUAGGUUUAAAGUCGAGACAUACAGUGGUUCCAUAUUUGUGUGUAUAGUUACUUUCUGUUUUGUUUCCUUAUUCGCUUUGCAAAAACAUUCUUUGCUUUAUGAGUUUUGGUACGCUGUGGUUUUGAAUUACCGGAUUUUGAGACGUGAAAGAAAAAUUCCAUUAUUAACAAA